GAGGAAGCGAGGAGAAGAGUCGGCCGAAGGCUCCCGCCCGUCGGCUCCUCUCGCCCCAGUCGCGUCCCCCGGCCCGUCGGAACGGUCCCUCUCUCGCCCGCUCACCGUCGCGUCAGGAUUGCCCCUCUGCCCCCCGCCCCCGUCUCUCCCUCGCCGCACCGGCACCCGCGGCCCGUGCCCUCCCUCCCUGCGGCCGAGGCAGCCGUCCCCAUCGGGGUCCCCCUCCGCCGCCUCCGGGCUGCGCGCCCCUUCCUGCCGCCCCGGGGCCCGGGCCCGCGGGGCGUCGCCGGGAUGAGCAGUUCGCGGAACAACCGGGUGAUGGUGGAGGGAGUCGGGGCUCGGGUGGUCCGGGGACCGGACUGGAAGUGGGGGAAGCAGGAUGGCGGCGAGGGCCAUGUGGGCACCGUCCGCAGCUUCGAGAGCCCCGAGGAGGUGGUCGUGGUGUGGGACAACGGCACCGCCGCCAACUACCGCUGCUCCGGGGCCUACGACCUGCGCAUCCUGGACAGCGCGCCCACCGGUAUCAAGCAUGAUGGGACUAUGUGCGAUACUUGUCGACAGCAACCCAUCAUUGGCAUCCGAUGGAAAUGUGCUGAAUGCACGAAUUAUGACUUGUGCACAGUUUGCUAUCACGGGGACAAACAUCACUUGAGGCAUCGUUUUUACAGAAUUACCACACCAGGAAGUGAAAGGGUAUUGUUGGAGUCUCGCCGUAAAUCAAAGAAAAUUACAGCAAGAGGAAUCUUUGCAGGUGCCAGGGUGGUGCGUGGAGUUGACUGGCAAUGGGAAGAUCAAGAUGGUGGCAAUGGGCGCAGAGGAAAGGUAACUGAAAUCCAAGAUUGGAGUGCUUCGAGUCCACAUAGCGCAGCAUAUGUUCUUUGGGACAAUGGUGCUAAAAACCUUUACAGAGUUGGCUUUGAGGGCAUGUCUGACCUGAAAUGUGUCCAAGAUGCAAAAGGAGGCUCUUUCUACAGGGACCAUUGUCCUGUGUUAGGUGAGCAAAACGGUAACAGAAACCCUGGUGGGCUGCAAAUUGGUGACCUUGUAAACAUUGACCUUGAUUUGGAAAUUGUACAGUCUUUGCAGCAUGGCCACGGAGGAUGGACUGAUGGCAUGUUUGAAACCUUAACAACAACUGGAACAGUUUGUGGAAUUGAUGAAGAUCAUGACAUUGUAGUACAAUAUCCAAGCGGCAACAGGUGGACAUUUAAUCCAGCUGUUCUUACCAAGGCCAAUGUUGUCCGAAGUGGAGAUGCUGCUCAAGGUGCAGAAGGAGGCACCUCUCAGUUUCAAGUGGGUGACCUUGUUCAAGUAUGUUAUGACUUAGAGCGAAUCAAGCUCCUUCAGAGAGGUCAUGGAGAGUGGGCUGAAGCAAUGCUUCCGACUUUAGGUAAAGUUGGUCGGGUCCAGCAGAUCUAUUCAGACAGUGACUUAAAGGUAGAGGUUUGUGGGACAUCUUGGACAUAUAAUCCAGCAGCUGUCUCAAAGGUGGCAUCGGCAGGAUCUGCUAUAAGUAAUGCAUCUGGUGAGAGGUUGUCCCAGCUGUUGAAGAAAUUAUUUGAAACCCAAGAAUCUGGAGAUCUCAAUGAAGAAUUGGUUAAAGCUGCUGCCAAUGGAGAUGUUGCUAAAGUGGAAGACCUACUAAAGAGACCAGAUGUAGACGUGAAUGGACAAUGUGCUGGACACACAGCUAUGCAAGCCGCUAGUCAGAAUGGCCAUGUCGACAUUUUGAAGUUGCUUUUGAAACAGAACGUGGAUGUAGAAGCAGAGGACAAAGAUGGAGACAGGGCUGUCCAUCACGCAGCCUUCGGUGAUGAGGGUGCUGUGAUAGAGGUUUUGCACCGAGGCAGCGCAGAUUUGAACGCUCGCAACAAACGCAGGCAGACCCCUCUUCAUAUUGCUGUCAACAAAGGUCAUCUGCAGGUUGUGAAGACUUUACUGGACUUUGGCUGCCAUCCUAGUCUCCAGGAUUCUGAGGGUGACACUCCACUUCAUGAUGCAAUAAGUAAAAAGCGUGAUGACAUCCUUGCUGUAUUGUUAGAAGCUGGAGCAGAUGUUACCAUCACCAACAACAAUGGGUUCAAUGCUCUUCACCAUGCUGCAUUAAGAGGAAAUCCUAGUGCAAUGCGUGUACUGCUGUCCAAGUUACCACGACCCUGGAUCGUUGAUGAGAAAAAAGAUGAUGGUUACACUGCUUUGCAUCUGGCAGCUCUCAAUAAUCAUGUGGAAGUGGCUGAACUUUUGGUGCAUCAGGGCAAUGCCAACCUGGAUAUCCAGAAUGUUAACCAGCAAACUGCUCUGCACCUUGCCGUUGAACGACAGCAUACACAAAUUGUUAGGCUCUUAGUCCGUGCAGGUGCUAAGCUGGAUAUUCAGGAUAAAGAUGGGGAUACUCCCCUGCAUGAAGCCCUGAGACAUCAUACCCUGUCACAGCUUCGCCAACUCCAAGACAUGCAAGAUGUGGGCAAGGUAGAUACUGCUUGGGAGCCAUCAAAGAACACAUUAAUAAUGGGACUUGGCACUCAGGGAGCAGAGAAGAAGAGUGCAGCGUCUAUUGCCUGCUUCCUGGCAGCCAACGGAGCUGACCUCAGCAUUCGUAAUAAGAAGGGUCAGUCUCCUCUUGAUCUCUGCCCUGAUCCUAGUCUCUGCAAAGCACUGGCUAAAUGUCACAAAGAAAAAGUCAGUGGUCAGGUUGGAUCCCGAAGUCCAUCUAUGAUCAACAAUGAUUCUGAAACCUUAGAAGAAUGUAUGGUGUGUUCAGACAUGAAGAGAGAUACCCUGUUUGGCCCAUGUGGACACAUUGCCACGUGUUCUCUGUGCUCACCACGGGUGAAAAAAUGCCUCAUCUGUAAAGAACAAGUUCAGUCUAGGACAAAGAUUGAAGAAUGUGUAGUAUGUUCAGACAAAAAGGCAGCAGUGCUCUUCCAGCCUUGUGGUCACAUGUGUGCUUGUGAGAAUUGUGCAAGCUUGAUGAAGAAAUGUGUACAAUGCCGGGCAGUGGUUGAGCGAAGAGUGCCUUUCAUAAUGUGCUGCGGAGGGAAAGGUACAGAAGAUACCACUGAUGAUAUUUCAAGUGGAAACAUUCCAGUUUUGCAGAAGGACAAAGACAACACCAAUGUCAAUGCGGAUGUACAGAAGCUGCAGCAACAGUUACAAGACAUCAAGGAACAGACUAUGUGUCCUGUCUGUUUGGACCGUCUGAAGAAUAUGAUCUUUCUCUGUGGCCAUGGAACAUGUCAACUUUGUGGAGACCGAAUGAGUGAAUGCCCUAUAUGUCGCAAGGCAAUUGAACGAAGGAUCCUUUUGUACUAAGUAGUGGAACCAGUGUCUUUUAUUAGCUUAUGAAAUAGUAAGGACAUUUUGAUGAUUUAAAGCUCCUUGAGUUUGAAAGGCAGUAGAGGGUUCUAAUGAAAACAUUUCUAAUACUGUAGCACAGUUUCUUUACAUGCUAAUUGUUUAAAGACUGUGAACACACCAAAUAAGAGAACAGUAUUUGAACAGUCAGCUUUUAGCAUUACUGUUAACAUCUAAAGCUGAAGCUAAUUGAAAGCAGUCUUUUUUCAUUUUCUUUUUGUCUUCUUCUUCCCCUUAAAGUGUAAAGGGACAAUCUUAUUUUGGUUUUGUGUUUUUUUUUUAAUGUAUGUAUUGGCUGUCAAGUGAUGUAAGGGGUUUUUUAUAUUGUCAGUUAAUAUCAAAUAUAAAUAUUUAGGAUUUUUUUGUUUUAUGCUUUUCUGGAGAAUGUUCAAAUUUCCUGUGACAGUUAUGAUGCACAAGAAUUUCUGUCUUGAAAUAUAAAAUAACACAAAAUCAAUACAAAGUGUAUACACAGUAGUAAUAAAUAUCAUACUAUUCCCAUAAGAUCAGGCCUCAAAAUACAACGUUAAAGUAAUUCUAACUUUAUCUUUGUUGCUGAGGAUGGAUUGGGAAGGAAACAGUAAAAAGAAAAAUCUGAUCCAGAAAUAUUAUGUUCCCAAAACUGCACUUUAGUCUAACAGGUUCGAGCUAACUUCAAUAGUGAACUUUCUCAUUCUGCUAACCACAUAAUUUUGUACAGAAUUGCUUUUAACUUGAUUGGAAAGGAAAACAUUUGAGCAAUGAGUUAGUUAUUCAUUUCAGUUGAGUGAAUUUGGUCAGUUAUGGAGGAACAUAUAUAUGUGUAUGUAAAUUUCUGGGUCUAUGAAUUAGGAAGAAUGAGAGAUUCUGCAAGAUGUCCUCUCUCAAGUUCUUUUACUGUCUUCAGGCAAAUAGUGUCAACAGCAAAAGAGAAGAUGUAAUAUUGCUUAUUCAUCUAAGUCAGGUGUUAACACCAGAACUUAUCUGUGAACAUGAAUGGAUAAUACUGCAAAUGAAGAUAUUGCUGACAGAGCAGUGAAUUUUGUGAGCCGUGCCUAGGCGAGCUCAGGUUGGCUGAAGGAGUUAGCUGUCACUGACCUGACAAAGAGGUGUUCCUGACCCCCAAAAAUGCUGCUGUCAGGAACGGAUGGAAGAAAAUAUGCUGAUUUAAGGAUCUCUUGUAGCUAAAAGGAAUGUGUGCUUACUCCUAAGUAAUUUAGCGGUUUUCUGAGUGCAUAGUUUAUAUAGCCCUUUGCCGUUGUGCAGACUUCAUUUGGAUGUGCCCUUGCAGAACAAUGAAGAAAUCCAUGCUGGAGUCACUUAGGUGCCUUACUUGCAGCUAAGAUUAAUUUAUCAUUUAAUUCUCAUUGCUUGUGUCAAAAAAACAUGGAGAAAGGGAUAUUUCAGGGGCAGAUCCAAGUAAGAGUAAAGGCAUAAAAUUGUGAUCUCUUCAGAAGAUCAGUCUUGAUCUUGUGAAGCUUAAGUUGAUAAGCAUGAAUUGUGCAAACAUUGGCAGAAGUCACAGAUGAAUGUUACUAGUAAACUGUAAAGACAGAACUUUUAACUGGUAAAGUUUAAACACUGUGUAGUUUUCCAGGAAACAACUACAGUAAUAUAUUGGAAAAAUGUAUGUAGAGUGGCAUUUGACAUAGCAAAAGGAUGUAAUACACAGUCUUUCUAUAUCCCUCUUUAAUCCUGAUCUGGAAUUGCAGAUGUUCAUAAUUCAUUUCUCUAAUUUUUCAUUGGACACAGUCCCAAUCUGGAAUCAAUAUAAUAUUGUGUUUUAUUUUGUAUACUAAUAGUCAUCUGUUCUCAGAUAAUCUGUGUAUCUGUGUUUUUGGCCAAAUGAAAUAGCCCUCUCUUUCCUUGCUUCUUGAGUCCCUAUUCUAAAAUACCAGAAUUUCAAGGAGCUUUGGAAAGUUUUGAUACAGGGAUUUUUUUUCAGAUCAGCAUUUCACUAUGUCCACUUAAGCUCUGAGUGCACCUGACUGCCCACUGCAAUUUUUGUUUGGCCAAUAUCUAUGUCACUAAGUCUGAUACUUUUUUUGGUAGCUUAUUUAAGAGCUGAACUUUCAGUAAUAGGCUUCACUUUCCUGUCAGUCUCUACAAAUAAUUGCAUACUAGGAUAUGCCACUUGACAAUCUGUUCUGAGUUUGAUCCUGUAGUGCAUCAGAUCUGCACCUCCGUUUCCUCUGGCUCUGGUAGACUUAUUUCGAAUAUUGUGUCCUAUUUAUUCGUCAAGGGGACCUCUAUAAACUGUUGUCAGCACAAAGGCAGGGUGGAUUUCUUCUUGAUAACACAGUUCAAAACUGAAACCUCAGUAUAGCAGUUGGCAUUUUUCACUGGAACAAGCCAGAAUUACUUGAAAGUAUUUCAAAUUUGCAUCAGUUGGACAAUUCAGCUGAGUAAGAACAGAUCUAGAACAUCCUGGGUGGGAAACUGGAGUCAAAGUUAAGUACUCCUUGUGUGCAGGAGGCACAGGUUGUAACAGAGAUAAGUGCGUGCUCUAUUAGGCUUGUACUUUUCAACAGAGAAGCUGUAAGUUACUUUAUAAUGCUGUUAGUACUUAGAUGCCAUCAUGGUCCUAUGGAAAUAGAGCAAAUAACUGAAGGCCUUGCUAUAGGAGUGACUGUAGUCUUCUAUACUGUGGUCACACUGGAUGUAUGUGACUGCAUAAAGGUUUGUGAUUGGACUCACUGGGCAAUGCUGGGUGCCAACUGAAAUUCAAGUAUGUCAGCAUUGGGGAUUUAACUUGAUCCUAUCAUGGUGCCAGGAGAGGCUGCUGAAUUGGUGAAACUAGGCAAGCUGAACACCAUGGUUAAAUUACUAAUGUAGGCUUCUUAUUAACAGGUGAAAGCCCUGUGUCUUAUUGGGAAGGCUACACAGUGCUUGCCUUUCAGAAAACUUAAAGAGGAAAAAUGUUUGCAAAUCCAGUGUCAUUUUUGGAAAUAGGUAUUUAGAUUCACACACUGUCUUUGAAUUCUGAUGUAGAAGGUGAACUAGUGUUGUUGAGGAAGCUAGUAAAUUCAUUCACUCCAUUUCGGCUGGUGUCAUUUGUGCAAUGUGCACAGAGUGCAAAUGUUUAAGUGGAUAACGCUUAAAUAAUUGAAGGAUAGAAAGUGGAAGCUUGGUUGGAAGCCGAAGGGAAUCAUAUUAAUAACAAGUAGGAGAGUCGAGGAUAUGUAAUUGUACCUCUGCCUUCAGCAAAAUAUGAAAGUGCAAAUCUGAUGAUUAUUAUCACUAUUAUUAGGGAGCACAGUGAAAAUGGGAGAAAAACCAGUAAGGCAUUUAUCUCUAAUAUACUGUAAAAUUGUAAAAUACAGUAUUUGUAAGUUUUGUUUAUUAUUAUUGUUAUUAUGAUUCCCCCAGUAUUUAAUAGCAGUUUUGAAAUUAAAUUGGAUAAAAUAUCUCAGUUUCUUUCUUGGAAUAAUCAGGAAGGCACCUAAUAAUAUAUAUUGUUCAGAUAUGAGAUAUGCCCAGAUGUUUAAGUAAAACAGUUUUCAUUUUUUAAAUGUAGUAAAAUACAUAAAUGGUCACAUUGGUACACAGUGACCUAAAGUAUGAGGACAACCUGAGAGGCUAACAGAAUAUGCUAAAUACUUGUAGAUUGUUAACUUUUGUAUAACAAUUCCCCUCCGCCCCCCAAACCUACUUUUACUCGCAUGGCACUUCUCAAAAUUAAGACUAUUGCUACCUACUUGCCAUUUGUUGAAAUACCGUGCACUUGUAUGUUGGGCUUUGGAGGAAUCCCUUUUUGAUGAAGUGGAUACUGAAGAUUAGACUGGCAAGAGAACAAACAAAUUACUUUGUAAAUGUGAAGUUCGAUUAGAAGGUAUUGUUCUUAACUUGGACUGGGUGAGGAUAUAGCAGAUUUGCACAAGUACUUGUGCCUUGUUAGCAUAGUCUUACAAUCAGUAUUUUAGCUUCUUUUAAAGACAGGAAAUGGUCUUUAUAAACUGAAUUAAGUCCUUAUUGUGUAGAUAUUUUCUAGAGUUGUUUUAUGUAUGCCUAAUUAUUUUAGCAGUGUUAAUUGCAGAAUUGCAGUGUGUGUAAACGCUAAACUGUUUGGAGAAGCUGCUUUGAGCUAGUGAUCUAAGCUUCCUCUACAAAAUCAACUGUCAGAAACUCAAUUUUACUCUUCCAGUAGCAGCUGGUGAACCGAAGAGCCUAUCCUGUUCUUUGUGCUGCAUGGGUCAAGUUUUCACUUAAAAAAACCCAACAACACUACAGCCUAACUUUUAGCAGUGCUACCUCCUUUCUGUCAAAGUACUGAAUUCUUCUCUAGUUGUUCUGUGUCUUUGGGAAGGGAUGGGGAACACAUCAGUUUUGUUUCGCUUCAUCGGUUUUGAUGUCGGAAUACAUGGCAAAGGUUUUUACUGGCUGUAUAAAUUACAUACAGUAGAAAUGUGUGACUUGCCACAAUGUACAUUGUAUAUCAGUCUUGCAUAAGUUGCUGGAAUUUGUACUAUUGUAUUUUUAUGCGUUUCAUAACUUGUUUGCAUUGACAAAGCAAAACCGUUAUCCGCAGAAGCUGUAGUAUGUGCCAUUUUUAUAGAUAAGCCUGUGGUAAAUACAAAAGUUCUGACUCAGGGCUUUUUAACAACUUAAACGCUUUCACAAUAUUCUUCAGCACAUCUUGGAGAAUAUUAGAGAUUUAAUGACUGUACAGUGCCUUGAUAGAACUAUUGAAUGGGCAGCAGCCAUAGAGUCCUUACAGAAUGCAGGUAUCUUUUGAAUCCAGUUGAUGAAUUGAUGUUAAUAUAACUGUAAUACCCAUGCCAUGGAUUUAUAAACUUGUAUAUACUUUCUGUAAAGGAAAAUUGGCAAAUUUAGGUUUUGUUAAGCUUUCUGGAAGUUCUUUGAUUGUCUUGGGGGUCUGAGUGGCAUAAUAUUCAAAUUUACAGAAGCACCAUUUGAGACAAAGCUGAUAAAAUGUUCUGUAUGUGACACUUUUAGAGUGAUGGGAGAGGUCAUUGUAUAAACAACUAUGUAAAAAUACCUUAUUUACUCUGGCCCAGUGAGUCUUUUGUAAGAGAGAAAUAGUUGGCGACAAAUCUAUAUGUUUGCAUGCUGUUUCGUAGUUACAAAAAUCUAAGUCUUGUUUUGAGCUUCUAGGAAAUACUGUCUUGGUCCCAAGCUUACCGUCUUUAUGAAUGCAAACUAUUCAUAUUAGAAAACAGGUUUUACUGAACCACAAGAACAUUUUUGCUUUUGUUAAAAACGACUUUGUAUUUUCAGUAAAUUGUAGAUUUUGACAUGACUGUUUAUUGGAGAAACUUAAGGUCGUCUGUGUGAAUGUAGUGGAUUUCUAUAUGCAGAUAGCAUUAUGUAAUUGCUUUCAUUAAAACUGCUUAGCAAGGUCUAAGCGUUUCAAAGGAAAUGCUAAUGUACUGUAUGGUUAAUAAAACUUAUUAUAUAAGAUGUA